UACCCCAUUUCAGGUAAAUGUGCCUAGCUAUCUAUCUACGGAUGCUGAUAUAUUCUGGAGCAUCUCUGCGAAGCAUCUCUCUGCCACACCUGUUCGCUGCCGACGCUCAGCAUACGCUGCAUGGCUGGUGGUCAGUAUAAGUUUCAACGGUAUCUCGAGGUGUAUGUGUUGGCAGCGUGCCGCCGCACUCCCUCUUGCACCCCUAUACCCCCAAACGCACGCUUUCACUCCUUACUCGUUCCUUUCCCACUCUCCGGCCGAUCUUCUCGCGUAGGGCGGGCAGAACGACUUGCCAAAUCGCUGCCGGGAUGUUCUUGUUAUUUAUGCGGCGCGCUUUGGUGGGGGCAUCUCUGGUGAUGAUGACAUUGCCCAUCGUUUCCGCGCAGGAUAGCACUGUCCUUCACAGGGCAGACACGAUGACGGCGUUGACGACGCCGCCUUCGAGCAUGGUCACGUCGAAUCCUCGUCCCUCUGCUACACUCAAUGAUGGUUCGAGCGUUUCAAUUUCCUGUCUUUCGCAGUCUGACGGCGACGACUGUAUCGUCGUUGCUGGGGGCGAAACCGAGACGAUGGCCGAGGAUUCGCGUUUGGGGCCUGCGCACACGAUGUCCCUCACAUCUUCCUCGACACUGGCAGCUUCCAAUCAAAGCUCUAAUUUCGCACCCAUGGACUCGACAUUCCCAUUUUCUGGUCCUACUUGGUCGAUCCUAUCAACGACUGUAUCGCAGACCUCCCCAGCUACGCCGGAGACUACAGAAAUCGGACUUUCUAUGAUAUCUGAUCCUUCAAUGGGUCCGCAUCCGACAUCAUCAUCCGACGCUGCGUCAGUUCCUUCUCUGUACAGCAGUCUCGUCGCGAGCACCACUAUGCCCACAAGAACCGGAACCGAUGCUUCCUUUGUCACGAGCGUGGGACCACAUGAAACCGAAGCGCUAACCCCCGCGCCCACGAAGUCUCGUCCUCAAACCUGGCUCAUCGUCCUCAGUAUCGGGUGCGCCGUGGUGACCCUCGCGUUGGUCGCCCUCGUCGUGCGUUGUCUGUGGCGGCGGCGUGCCAGGAGCCUAGUAGACGGCUCUGUGAUGCCUCUCGACGGUGAUGUAGACGAGAAACCUUGCCUCUCCGCGAGACAACUCGCGAUGUCCAUGUCCAGCCUGGCGGAUGCGAAGCACCGGUUGCGGACGCCUAGCAUCAUCUGCGCUGGGGACCGCGGGUCCGUCAUCGAUAUCCUGCCUCCCGAGAGGCUGCUCUUGUCAGAGAAUGAUACAAAGAUCGCCGGUACGACGGGCAUGCAGUACUGGAUGCUGUCGAACGGAGUUAACGGUCGACUGAGCAUCGAUCCCGCCGCUCACACGCUUCUUGAUCCCCCCGCGGUCGCUGACGCCGCAUACAGAGACACGCUCUCUAGAAGGCUGUCAACAACUGCCUCUGGCCAGCUCUCGCUAGAUCAUGUCGAAGUCGUUGACCCCAGUGCUGGGGUUCUUCUACCCUCCAUUCAACCUCCGGGAGAGUGGUCCUGCUUACACCACAACCUCGCACCUCUUCCUGAUCAUCUAUCCCAACAAGGACGCAGGCCUGUGCUGUCCGCACUAACGCCAUCCGCUGCGGGAGUGCGCCCUGCGAGACCGUUACCUCCAACCCCAACCCCAACUCUCCCAUUUACGCACGUAUCUCAGCCAUUACCAGUCGUCUUUCCUGCUCAUCAGUACAACAACCACUUUCCACCAGAGCUGGGUACGCACAUUUCGAGUGCCCAGCAGCCGAGCGGACCCAGUCCCACGCAGUGGGCUAUGAUUCAUCAUGGCGCGUUUGUCGCUACGUUUCCAGGUCGAACACCUCGCCGACGAGCAGAGGAUGGCGGAGUCCGCUUAGCGGGUGGUUUACCGCGCUGGCAACGUGGGCAAGGAGGGGCGCAGGGCGAGGAGUCCAACGCACGCGGCUCGUCAGGCUCUGCUGGUGGAUAUAGCGACGAGACCCUCCCGCCGGAAUAUGGUGCAUACUGAAGCAGGCAGCUCCGGCCCGGGUGCAGUGGAAUGAUGAUGAUGACGGCGGUAACAGAGAUUCAGACACUGGAUGUACCGCAAGUGCGCCUCCUGAUCCCUGCUCUGCAGCUACGUCCGCCAUUGUAUCUAUAUGGACAAACGCUCUACGAACAUGUUUAAGGUAUCCAUGCCGUCGGGGCGUUGCUUUUGCAACGGUUGACGAGAAAGCCCCUUCGCCCUUGCUCAACUCGUCCUCAAAUCCUUUGGCUGCCGUGAUUCAUAACCCCAUGGACAUAGG